UACACCCUCCAUUCAUGAGUUCUAUAACCUGUACAUCUUUGUUUUGACAGUUCACAAAUGAUUACUCCCGCGCCACAAGUCAGCUUGUAUGAUUACGAUCGAAUUAUGAAUAAGAUUUUUCGCCUGAAAGGCGUGUAACGCACAAUAAAGUGAUGUUUAUUUGUUACGCUUUGUAAUAUAACCCGUGAAAAUGUCCGCAAUUAUAGACGACAAAGUUGUCGCAGGUGCGAAGAGUUCAAAUACUGUAAAGGAAGAUCCAAUCGUAGCAUUAACGGAAAGAGUAAAAGCUUUGUACCUCUUUCGAGAUCGUUAUUUUGAGACACAUUCUAUUGAUGAAGCGAUUAAGAAAAAUAUUGACGUGGAAAAGGAAAUGAAAGAUACCCUGAGCAAGUUCGAUGAAUGUAAAGGAUAUGAAAUUGAUGGUUCACGUGCAAAGUAUUAUUAUUUAAAGGGAAGAGCUCUAAACGUAGUGGAUCGUUUCAUUCCUCAGGCAGAAGAACUUUUGAGUAAAGCAGUGAAAUUGGAGCCCAAAUUAAUAGAAGCUUGGAAUGAGCUGGGGGAAUGUUAUUGGAAGAAUGAUGAUAUAAAACAAGCAAAGAAUUGUUUUGUUGGCGCUCUGCAACAUGACAAGAAUAAAGCAUCUUUACGAAAUCUGUCAAUGGUGCUUAGACAGGAGCAAACAUCAUCCUUUGAAGAGCGAGUAAAAAAUAUUCAACAAGGAGUGGAAUAUGCUAAGGAGGCUGUAAGCCUUGAUACAACUGACGGAAUCUCCUGGGCCAUAUUAGGGAAUGCCUACCUGUCUUCCUUCUUCACUGUAGCACAAAGUCCGAGUACGUUACGUUCAUGCAUGUCAGCAUAUAUGCAAGCGGAAAAAGAUAUUAUCGCAAGAAGUAAUCCUGAUUUAUUUUAUAAUAAAGCAGUAGCUCUAAAAUAUCAAGAAGAAUAUAAUUUAGCAUUACAAUCAUUUGAAAAUGCAAUGGCGCUCGAUCCAUUGUGGGAAACACCGCGCAACAAACGAGAUGAAUUAUUACAAUAUCUUAAAGAUAUACAAAAUUCAAUUAAUAAUAAUGGUUAUGUAAAACCAAAACGAUUAUAUCAAUUGAUACGGGCAUUGGAUAUUAAACACUUAGGACCAUACAAAGAUGGAGCAUAUACAUACGGGGGAAAGUCUAUAAAGUUAGAAUUAAUUCCUUUACAAGAAUUAAUUCUUGGAUUGAACAUGGAAAAAGUCGUAUUUGGAAAAGUAGUUUGUUGGAUUCAGGAUUCUGAUUGCGUUCCUUUUGCUUUUUGUCUCGUAGACGAACAGAAAACAUGUAUUGUUGUUACUGUAUAUAAUUUAGCUAAAGGCCGAGGAGUUACGGUUGGAGAUUCUGUUGGUAUACCAGAACCUUUCGUUAUACAUCAAAAAUUUUCCUAUAUGAAUAAUGAUUUUGAUUACAAAUCUAUUCGCGUUGAAACACCAAUUGUACUUGUAGUUAAUGGAAGAAAAUUAGGUCGAGAGCAACAAGCCAGCGCAAAUUUGCAUACUUUUAAAAAGACAGAUUAGAUUUAAUGAUGAACGAUAUGUCGAGCAUUGAAUCAUGUCGAGCACGUUCUCAGUUAUCGUCAGUUAUAAAUAAUUUUCGAUCUUACUCUUAUUUUUCAAUAA